CAGAACUGCCUGUUGUAAACGCCCCUAAUAAUGAAUAACUCAAACAGCGAGUGAGUUAUAUGUUUUCGAAAAUUAUAAUUUUAGCUUAAACAAUUUAUUGUGUUUAAAUAUCCUCUUCCGAAUCAGGCCGAAGUAAAUGUUCAUCGUGAAGUAGUUCUGUGACGUCAGACUACCAGUUCCUGCUGAAUGCUCCUCCCUCCCUCUCCACCUUUCACGUUCACGGCUCCAUGUUGUCUCGUCUUUGGACGUCUUAGCAGUAUUGCAGAUUGGAUUGAGAUACGUUUGGGUGGAUUGUAAUUGACGUUUAGUCCUAUUUCUGAUGUAAAUUAGACGUUGAAAACAAUAACAAUGGCUCGCUACGGUCAACGUCCAGAAAAUGCUCUAAAGCGAGCGAAUGAAUUUAUUGAGGUGGGAAAACCUGCCCGUGCUCUUGAUGCACUUUAUGAAGUUUUUCGCAAUAAAAAAUGGGCCUGCACCUGGACGGAAAGUGUUUUGCAGCCAAUCAUGUUCAAAUAUUUGGACCUCUGUGUGGAGCUCAAAAAGUCCCAUAUUGCCAAAGAAGGUCUUUUUCAAUACAGAAAUAUGUUUCAAUCGGUGAAUGUCGGGUCAUUAGAAAAGGUCAUACGUUUCUAUUUGAAAAUGGCUGAAGAUAGAACAGAAGCUGCUCGGGAACAGUCGCAACAAGCUGUUGUAGAUAUUGAUGACUUGGAUAUGCUUCAAACUCCAGAAAGCAUUCUUUUAAGUGCCGUGAGUGGAGAAGGUGCUCAAGAUCGUAGUGAUCGAACUAUUUUGACACCAUGGGUUAAAUUUUUGUGGGAAUCGUAUUGCCAAUGUCUGGAACUACUACGUACAAAUUCUUAUGUGGAAACUUUGUACCAUGAUAUUGCUCGAAUGGCUUUUGCAUUCUGCCUGAAGUACAAUAGAAAGACCGAAUUUCGCAAACUUUGUGACAAGUUACGUAAACAUUUAGAGGAUAUUAUAAAGUUACCAGCUUUACAAACGAAUGUCAGCAUUCACAAACCUGAAACCCAACAACUGAACUUGGAGACCAGAUUAGUGCAACUGGAUUCUGCGAUUCAAAUGGAAUUGUGGCAGGAAGCAUACAAAGCUAUAGAAGAUAUUCAUGGACUGAUGAACCUGUCAAAAAAGUCUCCAGUUCCCAAAACAAUGGCAAAUUAUUACCAGAAAUUGGCUAUGGUGUUUUGGAAGGCAGGGAAUUACUUGUUUCAUGCAGCUGCUCAUUUUAAAUUAUUUCAGUUAUCUAAAGAUAUGAAGAAGAACAUUACUCCUGAAGAUUUGCAACGAAUGGCGUGUAGAGUUCUUCUUGCUACAUUGUCUAUUCCACUUCCAUCAGCACAUCCUGAAUUUGAUCGUUUCAUUGAAACAGAUAAGAGUCCUUUGGAAAAAGCACAACGUUUAGCAAUUUUACUUGGUUUGCCACAUCCUCCAACAAGAGCAUUAUUACUUAAAGACUUGGUUCGUUUGAAUGUGGUGGGUCUUGCAACACCUAAACUUCAAGAUCUGUAUAUGUGGCUUGAGGUGGAAUUUCAUCCUCUUCUAUUGUGUUCAAGAGUACAUUCAGUAAUUGAAGAUCUAAAACAAGAAGAAAGUUCUCCUCUCCAUCAGUAUGUUGGUGCUCUUCAGGAUGUAACUCUAGUGCGUCUUAUACGACAAGUGUCUCAAGUUUACCAGACAAUUGAAUUCCAGAGAUUGUUGGAAUUGGCAAAGUUUACUAGUCCAUUUCAUUUAGAGCGUUUGCUUGUUGAUUGUGUUCGACAUAAUGAUAUGCAGAUUCGCAUUGAUCAUGGCAAACGUUGUGUCCAUUUUGGUAUGGAUUUGUCAGAAUCACAGCGUGAAGAUAUUCCAGAAGGACCUACACUGCAAAGUAUGCCGAGUGAACAAGUGCGGAACCAGUUAGUGAAUAUGGCUACUGUUCUUCAUAGAGGAUUGAAUGUUAUUAAUCCUCACAAAAAGAAGAUGGAGCGAGAAAACCUUCGUAUUCAAAUGGUUCAGCAUUAUGAUGAAACUAAGUAUGCAGAGCACGAGCGUGUUUUGGCACGCCACAAAAUCAUAGAAGAUCGUAAAGAAUUUUUGGAAAGAAGGAAUACUGCUCGGGAAGAAGAGCAAGCAAGACGCCAACAAGAGCUUGCUAGGCAACAGCUCGAGGCUGAGCAAAGGCGAAUGGACCAAGAGCGUGAAGAAAGAGAGCGUAAACGUCAAGAAAAUGAAAUUCAACAAAUUAAGGAUCGUCAUCUUAAAGAGAAAAUGCUCCAAAUCUCUCAAACAUCUCAUGGUCAAAAGAUUCUUCGGAAAUUGGAUGAGGAAGAUAUAAAGAAACUAGAUGCUGAACAGAUAGCUGCCAAAGAAAUGGAAGAAUUACAGAAGGAACGCAGAGAGUUUGUUCAGAAGCUCAAAUCUCAGGAAAAGAAGGUUGAUUAUUUUGAACGAGCUAAACGAAUUGAAGAAAUACCUCUCCUGCAGAAGGCUUUUGAAGAAAAACAGAUCCAAGAUCGUAAAUUCUGGGAACAGCAGGAAAAGGAGCGCAUAGAGCAGCUAACCGAAGAACGUGAAUUAGCUGUACAACACAGAGAAAGACUAAAGCGUAUGCAAGGGGAUAAGGAAGCUUUCUUAGAGAAAUUGAAGUCGGAGCGUAGGACAGUUUAUCUGGAGAAACUUAAAGAGUUUGAAAAGAAAUUAGAUGAAGAACGUAAAAAGAGGCUUGCUGAACGUAAAAACAAUCGUAAGGAAGAACGCCGUCAGAAAUGGAUGAAGGAACGAGCUGAAGAAGAAAAAAGGAAAGCAGAAGAGGAACAAAGGAGACUCGAGGAAGAAGCACGUCGCAAAGAGGAAGAGGAAGAAGCAGAAAGGAAAAGAAAACAGAAAGAGGAACUCGAGGAAUAUCGGAAGAAGAAGGAAUUAUUGGAUCAGCAGGCAGAAAGACAAAGACAGCGAGAAUUAGCUGCUGAGGAGAAACUGAGAGAACAAGAUAGACAAAUGGGCUUGGGUGGUCCUAGUAGUUGGAGACGUCCAGCUGGUGGGCCCCCUCCUGCUCAGGUUCGAGAUCGUGAUCGUGAAGGCGAAAGAGAGGUUGGCAGAGAUGAUUUCAGUAGACGGGAGCCAUCAGAUUGGCGUCGUGGAGGAAGAGGUCGUGAGCCAGAAGGAAAACCAGACCCAUGGAGACGCGGUGGAGAUACCGACCGUGAGAGGGAUCGUGAACCUGAUAGAGAACGUGAGCGUGGGUUUGAUAGAGAUAUGGAAAGGGACAGAGACCGCGGUGGAUUUGAUCGUGAUCGUGGUGGCUUUGACAGAGGCCGUGGAGGGUUUGAUCAUGGCGGUAGUGGUGCUGGAGGUGGCAGCAGUUUUGAAAGAGGCAGAUUCGAAAGAUCAGGCAUGGAUCGUGGAGGAGCUGGUGGUGGCAGUUGGCGCAGAAAACCUACGGAUGGAGAGCCUGGAGAUGAUAGGGGAAUGAAUAGAAUGGAUGACAGACGUCCUCCCCGUAGAGAUGAACCUAUUACUCGAGGUGGUAGGGAUGAACUACCCCGACGAGGCAUGGAUGAACGUGGGGGUCGAGAUGAGCCAAUCACACGUGGUGGAAGGGAUGAUCCCAUUAGUCGUUCGGGAAGAGAUGAUCGUGGAAUGGGCAGUAGUGGAGGAUCAAAUUGGCGCUCCAAGGAACCUGAUCGUGGCAGUGAUCGUGAUUUACCACCAAUGCGAAGAGCACCAGAUGAACGCCGAAGAAUGGAUGACAGAGGUCGGGGUGAUCCUCCAAGGGAAAACCGUGAGGGUGGUCGAAUGCCUGAGCAGAGGUCUGGUGGAGAGGGUGGAGACGAUGAUAGGUGGGAACAAGUAAAGCGCCGUUGAGAAUGGAUAUCCUACACGUAAUGCCUAAGAGCACUGAGAUGGACUGUUGUGGACUAUCCAUCUGUUGAAGUAAUUCAUUGUGCUGUGGAUCUGCAUCAGAGUUAAAAUGGUGUUGAAAGUAAUAUAAGCUUCAGGUUGUUCUUAACAGAUCACUUAGUAACAUUUGUGAAUAAAUCUGUUUUUGGAUGAUACAAUUUAUUGGAACACUGGCCUAUAUAUGUAUAUGAAAAUAAUAGAUUCCAUUUGAAUAUUUUUGUUUUCCUUCCUUAGCUUUUGAAAUAUUGUGUUUCAUGCUUUGCAAGUUAUAUUAAUUUUUUUUUUUAAGUAUAUUUUAAGAUGUAGUACAUGGAAUUAUUAAACUUGCAUUACAGAGAAAUGGAAUUUUGACUUUUAACACGUUGGUAAUGGUCGUAAUUGAUUUUAUCUUUUUCUCAACCAAGCUCUACAUUUAAUCAUGUUUUGAGAUUAGAGUAAGUAUUCUAUAUUACAUUAUAGGUUGCGGAUAAUACACAAAACUUGACAAAAUUUUGGAAUGUUGUGUAUUUUCUAUUUGUAUUAUACUAGUUGCUUUCAUCUCAUGUAUUUGGAAAUAAUGUGUACUUCCAGGUGAAGUGUAUACAAUGCUUGCAGAUGAAUAAAUUCUGUUGUCUAUAAUCCAAUGUUUUGUUACAUCACCGAACUUAGUUAUUAUAAGUUAUGCAGAUAAGAGAUUUAAGAAUACUGUACAUGUUGUAGUAACUUAAGAUAUACUUAAUACUCGAACAUAUAUGUUUCAUUCCUGGAUAAAAAUUUGUAUCAUCAAUACUAUUUUUUUCUUUUUGGAAGUCAAUCCUUAAGCACUGUGAAUGACUGUUCUCUUCUAAUAGUGAUAUCGUGAAUAAUAAAUUAAGCAUAAUUUAACUCUUCAACAAAAACUUGAUUCUUUAUGCAUUCUCAAAACACUGAAUUUUUUGUAAGGGUUAAAUGUUUCAAAUGACUGCUGGACAUUGCAUUUAUAUAGAUUUACUAAUCUUGCAUAUAAAAACAUUCU